CUCUGGCGCAGCCCCCCAGCUUGCGCUCUGGCCCCACCUGACUUCCGCCUUGUGCAGCUCGGCCUUGCAUUAGCUGCCCCCACAAGGCCCCUUCUGCUAAACACCCGCCUUCGUCCUCAGCUCCGCUUUGGGGACCCAGAUUUGUCUUUUUUUUUAGGGUCCUUUAGCAAAAACCAAAAAUCUGCCCUGUCUGACUUGAUUACGACCCUCUUGGUACUUUUAGGAGCUUCCUCUAGCAAAAGUACUGUUUUUUUCACCCAGUUUUUUUCUUCUUUAUUCAGAUCACUUUCUAGCAAAAAUUCUUUCUUGCCACUUAGUCCCUCUUUUUGAACUAUUUUUCUGCUUAAAACUGAGUCCUUCCAGUUUCUCUCUCCUCUAAUAAUCAUUUCUCCAAUCCUCCCCUCCCCAACUUUCCAACAAACAUCUCUUUUUUUCAUCCCCAAUUUCACCCCAUUAGGUUUCUCCCAGGAACAUCCCUUAGAUUCCUUCCCAGAGGGAAAAUAAGGAACGAAAGAGAAAAUAAUUUCCUCUUGUCCUCAGAACCUUUUCCCCCACUUGUAUCUUCCCAGUUUUGCUUUCCUCCUUCCAAAAAUCCCCCCUCUCUCCCAGUUUCAUACCUGUGUCUUGUUUUGGACCGGCAUUCUCACUGCCCCUCCCUUUCCACCACCUGCUUUCAGGGCAAAAGAAAUUGGAUGAGUGUCCCGAGAUUCCCACCAGCCUUCCAAGAGCAAAUAGCCAUGGUCUGAUUGUCACCUGAACCCUGUCACUCCGUCUGGGGCCUAAACUGGGCCCUCCUGUUCCCUGGAGAUUCACUCCCUUGCUCUUCUGAAGAAAAGGAAGAGGAAGAAGAGGAGGAGGAGGAAGAGGAAGAGGAGGAAGAGGAAGAAGAGGAAGAAGAAGAAAAGGGCCAGGCAGGCAGCUCUAAACCACAAUCAAUUUCAAAAUCAAAUGAAAUGCAAACAAAGCAGCCUGAGCAGUGCAGUUCAAAUCACAAGCAUUACUUUGGCGAGAGGGAGACUGUCCCCCAAAGGUCACUACUCCUCGAAACAGACCAGGGCCCAGGUGCACUCAAGGUUCCCAGAGAGGCUGAGGAAGGAGGCAGGGCCACCUUGGGCAGCGCAAGGAAAGGGAAGCGGCAGCACAGCUCGCCCCAGAAAGCGCUCCUGGACUGCAGCCUGUGCGGGAAGGUGUUCAGCAGUGCCAGCUCACUCAGCAAGCACUACCUGACACACAGCCAGGAGAGGAAGCACAUCUGCAAGAUCUGCAGCAAGGCCUUCAAGCGGCAGGAUCACCUGACCGGGCACAUGCUCACCCACCAGAAGACAAAGCCCUUUGUGUGCAUCGAGCAGGGCUGCGGCAAGAGCUACUGCGACUAUCGCUCACUGCGUCGGCACUGCGAGGUGCAGCAUGGCCUGUGCAUCCUGAAGGAGGCUCCCCCGGAAGAGGAUGCCUUCGGGGACUCCCCCCAUGCUCCCAACACAGCUGGCCAGCCUCUGCCCAGUGGCCUGCAGUCCCUGGGGGCCCCAGAAGCCAGGUCCCCUGGCUCUGUCUUGCCCAACCGAGACCUUCUGCGUUGUAUCGUGAGCAGCCUUGUCCACCAGAAGAUCCCUUCUCCCGGCCCUGCCACAGUGGGGGUGCCGAGUGGUGAAGGGAGGAACGCGUCCUGUCCCUGCACCGCCUCACCAGGGCUCUCCUCCCGUAUCCCAGGAUCCCUGGGCACUGAGGUUCCCAAGGAGCCUCGUCCCCUACAGAAGGAGCCAGCUGCUGAUGUGUUCACAGCCUUGGAUUCAGGGACAGCCGAGAACAGUGACCCUAACCCUCCAGAGUCAGAGGCUCCACUUCUCCAGCUCCCUUCCUCCCAGGAGGACUGGCCUGAGGGUGGCUCCUUGGCCACCUCCCUGCCUCCCUUCCAGGUUCAGAAGGUCCCUGCCAGCUCGCAGCCAUCCAGCCAUGGCUUCCAGUGGCUCCAGAGCCUGCCCAGCUGCCCCAAGAGCAAAGGCAACAAUGUGUUCAUGGUCCACAAGGCCCCUAGGGAGGGCUCUGAGUCUGGCCCAGGAGCCAGCAGCACCUCUCCUCCAGCGGAGCCCUCACCCAGCGCAGGCAGCAGUCAGGACACACUGCCCCUCCGGCCCACACUCCUGAAGGUGCCCAGAGAAGCCUCAGGCGACCCCAGGCCUGAUAGUGGGGACGAGGACAGCUGGGCUUCCAAGAAGGGUGAGUGCUUUCCGUCAGAUGCCACACUGCUCUUCCACCAGCUGUUCCUGAAGUCGCAGGAGUCCCUGGCGAGCCAUGAGCAGGUGCAGGUGUUCCAGAUGAUCACCAAGUCCCAGUGCAUCUUCUCCCACGCCCAGGUCACAGCCCCCGCCUCCCAGCCCUCUGGGCCCGAGCACAAGCAGACUGCCCUGAAGUCAUUGCAAGGCCCCUGGCCACAGCAGCCCCAGCCCCCGACACCCACUGUGGACUCUGUGCAGGUGGGCCCCAGAAGCACUGAGCCAGAGGGUUCCCCAGCCCGCAGGGGGAAGCCCAUGCCCGCGGCACCCAGAGAGGCCUCCCCCAGUGGCACACAGCAAGAUGCGAAGGGGGCACCGAAAGGGGCCUCUGCACCGCCCUCACUCAGCACACCGUCUCUGGACCACUCCUGGAAUCCAGACCUCUCUUCUCAGGUCAAGCAGCUUCGAUCUUCCAAAGGGACCUUGGACCUAGGGAACAUCUUUCCCUCCGUGGGCCCAAGGCGAUCCCAGGCAGCUGGCGAUGAGCUGCCCAGUGCCCAGCUGUCCGAGAAUGGCCCGGCCUUGGGGGCCACAAGAAGUGAGAAGGGCCCGGCUUGCACCCAGGGUGAAGGCUACAGGCUCUUCUCCGGCCACCCCAGGGCCCAGCGGUUCUCAGGCUUCCGGAAGGAGAAGGUGAAGAUGGAUGUGCGCUGUGCAGCUUCUCCAAGCCAGGUGGCCAUGGCUUCCUUCUCGUCGACUGGGCCUCCUGCAGACCCUGCCCAGGAUGUGAAGUCCAAGCUGACCAUAUUCAACAGAAUCCAGGGUGGAAACAUCUACAGGCUGCCCCAUCCCAUGAAGGAAGAGAGCAUGGCAGGUAGAUGUAACCAGCAAAACAGGAGUCCCACGGACUGGACAGAGCCCAGGAGCAUGUUCGUCUGCAAGAACUGCAGCCAGAUGUUUUAUACUGAAAAAGGCCUGAGCAGCCAUAUGUGUUUCCACAGUGACCAGUGGCCAUCACCUCGGGGGAAUCAGGAGCAGCAGGGACAAGAGAAGGAUGGGGAAGAGAGAAACGACAAGGACGGCAGCCAACACAGGAAGCGGAAGAAGCGCCCCCAGCCCAGAGCAUUGUUUAUCCCUCCUCCACCCUCUGCGUUUGGGGACCCUGGCCCUGGAGGGGGCCACCAGAGCUGCCUGCGCUCUCCUCCUGUGUUCCUGGUGGACCACCUCCUGAAGGGCUUGUUCCAGUGCUCCCCCUACACGCCACCUCCCAUGCUCAGCCCCAUCCGGGAGGGCUCUGGGAUUUACUUCAACACGCUCUGCUCCAAGUCCCAGGCUGGGCCACACCAGCUCAUCAGCUCCACACUGGAUCAAGUGGAUGGCUCUUUUAGCAUCUGUGUGGUGAAGGACGAUUCUAAGAUCAGCAUUGAACCACACAUCAACAUAGGAAGCCGCUUUCAGGCUGAAAUCCCAGAGCUGCAGGAAAGGUCGCUGGCCAGGGCUGAUGAGCACGUGGCCUCUAUGGUCUGGAAGCCGUGGGGAGAUGUGAUGACCAACCCAGAGACACAGGACAGAGUGACAGAGCUCUGCAAUGUGGCGUGUUCCAGCGUGAUGCCAGGAGGGGGCACCAACCUGGAGCUCGCCCUGCACUGCCUGCACGAGGCCCAGGGUAGCAUUCAGGUGGCCUUAGAGACACUGCUAAUCCGAGGAGCCCGGAAGCCUUGGACACACCCGCUGGCCGACUACCGCUACACAGGUUCAGACAUCUGGACCCCCAUGGAGAAGAGGCUCUUUAAGAAGGCAUUCUGUGCCCACAAGAAGGACUUCUACCUAAUACACAAGAUGAUCAAGACAAAGACAGUGGCACAAUGUGUUGAGUACUAUUAUGUUUGGAAAAAAAUGAUCAAGUUUGACUGUGGCCGAGCUCCUGGGCUAGAAAAGAGGGUCAAGAGAGAGCUGGAUGGAGUGGAAAUGACAGAAGAAAAGGUCACCUGCAGCCCUCAGGAGAGACGCAACCACAGCCCAACUCCCGAGUUAAAGAUAAAGACCAAGAGUUACAGGAGGGAGUCCAUCCUCAACUCCAGCCCAAGUGCAGGCCCCAAGCGGACCCCCGAGCCGCCAGGAAGCGUGGAGAGCCAGGGCGUUUUUCCAUGCAGAGAAUGUGACAGGGUGUUCGACAAGAUCAAGAGCCGGAAUGCCCAUAUGAAGCGACACCGCCUUCAGGAGCAUGCAGAGCCCAUCCUCAGGGUGAAGUGGCCGGCGAAGCCCUUUCUGCUGAAGGAGGAGGAGGAGGAGGAGGAGCUGGGCACUGACAUCAGCCCCCUGCAGUGGUGACUCCGUGGGGCCUGCAGCCCUGCUCUGCCUUCCUGUCUGCUAUCGGCCAGCUUCCCUAGCGAACAUGUGGUCACUCAGCCACAGACAGCUGCUGAUUCCCUGGCCAGUGGGGCUAGAUGUUCCAUUCUCUUGAGGUUAAGAGGCUCUCCUCUUCCUCCAGUCCCGUACUGCCUAAAGCAGGGAGGCCUGGGGAGAUGAAAGGGUGGGGGGUCUAUGUAACUCUUAAGUCUGAGCCUCCAGCUUGGGUUCCUUGCCUUGGUUAGCUAAGGCCAGGAUGCAGAAGAUCAGUGGGAAGGUGUCCUGAGACUCCAGUGUGCUGGGGCCCUGCCUCCAGGCAGGGAUCUCUACUUUCCAGAUUCAUCCCUCUACUUGCAAGGACUUGUACAUUGUUAGGUCUGGUUUUGUACAUAUCUGUGUGAAAACCUUAUUAAAUUGGGUUCUUGA